AUCUUGGGUCGCUUCUGCUACUUGUAAGUGACAUUUAGUGCAUUGGAUUUUGGCUUGCGUGAAUGUUGUAACUGCCGUUAUAGAAAGUGGAAUGAUUGCCCUUGUUGUUAGGCACUCCCUGUGCAAGGUGUGUGCAGUGCCUCUUGAUCACAAUACCAAGUAUUGCAGGGUUGGAUGCCAUCAGAGCACAGGCUCUGUUCUCUAGGCCGAGGUGGCACUUGGGGCAGAUUGCUCCCUCUCUAUUGCGACUCAUCCGACAGAGUUUGCUGCAUUGUCCUAAGUCCAAUUGAUCUUCCCACAACCGUCAGCGCACACUAGAUGACAGAUAUAGUUGGUAUCAACUCGACUUUGUUUGUAUUUCUGCAAGCGCUGGUGUCUUCCACACUUCAUGUUUCUGGAAGUCCCGUCUGUUCAACAAGGCAGACAAUAUAUCACUCAAGGCAAUUUACAAUCUACACAAACUCCCCUCAUACUAUCUAUCGCCAUGGUGUUAUGAAUGCUGGCCCAAUGGAUGCCUUGCCCCCGCUGGGAUACAACAGGCCAUUCAUA